AAAACUCAUACUUCUUAGAUUUCAUCAUCUUCUUUCCUCCCUUAACUCGCUCUUCCCCAACUCACCCAACCGAGUCACUAACUCGCUCAACCAUGAACCUCGACAUGUCAUCAAUGGCGGCUGCAAUGGGAUUAUCAGUUGCAGUGCUCAGAUUUCUCCUUUGUUUUGUUGCAACAAUACCCAUCAGCCUGUUAUGGCGUCUUGUACCAAGAACUCUCCCAAAACACAUCUAUUCUGCCUUCACUGGUGUUCUUCUUUGUUAUAUCUCUUUUGGGAUUUCUUCUAAUCUUCAUUUUCUUGUUUCUAUUUUAAUUGGGUAUUCUUCCAUGCUUGUUUAUCGCCCUAAAUGUGGCCUCAUCGCUUUUUUCGCCGCGUUUGGGUACUUGAUUGGCUGCCAUGUCUACUACAUGAGUGGAGAUGCAUGGAAGGAGGGUGGAAUCGAUGCUACCGGUGCUUUGAUGGUCUUGACACUCAAAGUCAUCUCAUGUGCAAUAAAUUAUCAGGAUGGACUCUUGAAAGACGAGGACCUACGUGAAGCACAAAAAAAGAACCGGUUGCUACAGAUGCCCUCCUUGUUUGAAUAUGUUGGUUAUUGCCUCUGCUGCGGCAGUCACUUUGCCGGACCUGUCUUUGAAAUGAAGGAUUAUCUUGAUUGGACAGAAGGGAAAGGGCUCUGGAGUCCAUCAGAGAAACAACCAUCACCUUGGGGUGCAGUAGCUCGGGCUAUUCUUCAAGCUGCUAUAUGCAUGGCUCUGUAUUUAUAUUUGGUGCCAUUAUUCCCCUUGUCGACUUUCACAAAUCAUUUGUAUGGGGAUUGGGGAUUCUUCAAAAAGCUGGGUUAUCAGUACAUGUGUGGAUUUACAGCACGGUGGAAGUAUUAUUUCAUCUGGUCUAUCUCAGAAGCUUCCAUUAUAAUUUCUGGUUUUGGGUUUAGUGGAUGGACUAAUACUUCCCCACCAAAGCCCAAGUGGGACCGUGCCAAAAAUGCUGACAUCCUUGGUGUUGAGUUGGCGAAGAGUGCGGUUCAGAUUCCACUUGACUGGAAUAUACAAGUUAGCACCUGGCUCCGCCAUUAUGUGUAUGAGAGACUGGUCCAGAAGGGUAAGAAGGCUGGUUUCUUUCAGCUGCUUGCCACACAGACAGUCAGUGCUAUUUGGCAUGGUUUAUACCCUGGUUACAUCUUUUUCUUUGUUCAGUCGGCCUUGAUGAUUGCUGGCUCAAAAGUAAUUUACAGAUGGCAGCAGGGUGUAUCUGCUGAUUUUCUGAAGAAGAUACUGACAUUUGUGAACUUUGUAUAUACAAUGUUGGUCCUGAAUUAUUCAGCAGUCGGUUUCAUGGUACUAAGCUUACAUGAAACCUUGACAGCAUAUGGAAGUGUGUAUUAUAUUGGCACCAUAAUUCCUGUUGCCCUUUUGCUACUGGAUUGUGUUGUCAAACCUCCAAGACCAGCAAGGUCGAAAGUUCAGAAGAAGGAGCAGUGAAUCUGAACAUUAACAACAUACGCACAUACCUAACAAUAUUUUCUUGGUUGCCUAAAGAGGCUAAAACCCCAUGAUGCUCCGUUGUUGGCUCAAAUUCAGCCUCACCGUGGAUCGACCUGAAGAAUUGAUUGUGCUCCUUUCAUUACCUUGUGUUUUCAGAAUCUGUUGAUUUGCCAAUUCGCUAUUCUUAAGGACUUGUUUUGAAACUAUGAUACAUUUUAGUGUUUUGUACCACUCAAAGGUGCUUUAAUGGAAGUGGCAAAAUAGUUCACAAA